CUUUACAUAGUUUCCCGCCAUUUCAAAGCUUCUCUCGGGAAUCGAAAAUGGCCUCUGCAUCCUCCAAAACCCUAAUCGACAUUUUCGGUCGAGCUUCAAAGCGCUUGAAACCCACUCUCUGCAAAUCCGAAGAUAACAUCAAUUCCUCCUCCACCCUCACCGUCGACCAAAAAUCACGAAUCGAACACAACAAAAAUCUCGCUUUGUCCAGAAAGAACCGCAAAAUCUGCAUCGAAAGGGUUUCCAAACACAAAGAAUCUUUAGCUUCGGGUUGUGUGAAACUAGAGGAGUUGCUAGUCGAGGAAUCGUGGUUGGAAGCUUUACCUGGUGAAUUUCAGAAAGAUUAUGCUGUUAAUCUCUCUAAGUUCGUCGAAACUGAGAUUUGUAAGGAUGAUUAUGUAUAUCCUCCUGCGCAUUUGAUUUUCAAUGCUCUUAAUACUACCCCUUUUCAAUCUGCUAAGGUUGUGAUCCUUGGCCAGGACCCUUAUCAUGGACCUGGUCAAGCAAUGGGGCUUUCAUUCUCGGUUCCUGAAGGAGUCAAAGUUCCAUCUAGUUUGGUUAAUAUAUUUAAGGAGCUUAAGCAAGACCUUGGUUGUUCGAUUCCGUCUCAUGGUAAUCUUGAAAAAUGGGCUGUGCAGGGCGUUCUCUUACUGAAUGCUGUUCUCACAGUCAGGAAGCACCAAGCAAAUUCUCAUUCAAAAAAAGGCUGGGAACAAUUUACUGAUACUGUUAUCAAGACAAUCUCACAGAAGAAGGAAGGAGUUGUGUUUCUGCUGUGGGGAAAGUCUGCUCAGGAGAAACUUAGGUUAAUUGAUGCAACCAAACAUCACAUUCUAAAAGCUGCACAUCCUUCCGGUUUGUCUGCGAAUAGAGGCUUCUUUGGUUGCAGGCACUUCUCUCAGACUAACAAAUAUCUGGAGCAAAUGGGCAUUGGUCCCAUAGAUUGGCAACUAUAAUGAUGGAAAAAAGGUGUCCGAAUUUAUACGUAGAGUCCAAGUGCUUUUUUUGGCCAGCUUUCCUUGAUGUAUAGAUUAAUUAUUCUGUGGAUUCCAAAUCUACCAAGAAAAUAGAUGCUUUUGCAGUACUGACCUACUAUAUACUGUACUAGUAGCAUUUUGGCAUAACGAUAUUCUAGGAUCCUAAAUUAAUUUCCUGCAUUAUCCAUGUGCUGUCUUAAUAUCAACAAACAAUAUAUUUAUGGUGUUGGUGGAGAUUAAAAAAGACAUUUUCAAUGUGA